AGCACACAUCGAUUUUUUGCACCUCUCGCUUGUUGGUCACACUGGGCUUAUGAUUAAAAAAACUGAGCUGACUCCAAUAAAAACGUGAGCCGUCUAGCCCAGCAGCUCUCUUCCCCCCACAAAACACACACACGCUGCUUUUGGAGCCACUUACCCGCAACCGAUAGCCACAAAAAACAUCAGGAUGUUCAUCUGGGACUGGUUCACCGGAGUGCUAGGAUACCUGGGUCUGUGGAAAAAGUCUGGCAAAUUAUUGUUCCUGGGUCUGGAUAAUGCUGGCAAAACCACACUAUUGCAUAUGCUCAAAGAUGAUAAGCUGGCGCAGCAUGUGCCCACACUGCAUCCAACAUCCGAGGAGCUCUCCAUCGGCAACAUGCGCUUCACUACAUUCGACUUGGGUGGCCACACUCAGGCGCGACGCGUCUGGAAAGACUAUUUCCCAGCUGUGGAUGCCAUCGUUUUCUUAAUAGACGCCUGGGAUCGCGGUCGCUUCCAGGAGAGCAAAAACGAGCUGGAUUCGCUGCUCACGGAUGAGGCGCUGUCCAACUGCCCCGUGCUCAUAUUGGGCAACAAAAUCGAUAAGCCCGGCGCGGCCAGCGAGGAUGAGCUGAGAAACGUGUUUGGACUGUAUCAGCUAACAACCGGCAAGGGCAAAGUUGCACGCGCCGAGUUGCCUGGCCGCCCGUUGGAAUUGUUCAUGUGUUCCGUGCUGAAGCGACAGGGCUACGGCGAGGGUUUCCGUUGGUUAGCGCAGUAUAUCGAUUAAGUCAGCAUUAACAACCACCACAACACCAUAUAUUUCAACAACACUCAAACCGAAAACUUGGCUACAAAAUUUAAACAAUUUCGACUACAGAAAGAGAACCGAGAGGAAAUGAACCCAGCCCAACCCAAACCGUCAGACCUUAAGCAAAACGAAGCUGCGUGCGCAAUUUCUAAUUUAUACAAAACAAUUACAACUAUUUCAUAAUAAUAAAAACCACAAAACAAAUCAAUGUACAAGAUAAAACACAACACAACAUCAAAGUGCAAACAACUUUUCUAUCUAGACCAUCGGGAUACAAUAACAAGGAGCUGAAGAAUGAAAAGAGUGCGCAAGGGAAACUUUUAAUAAUAAUUAUGAAUAACAAAUUAUAGCAAAUUGAAGGUGAUUUAUUUAAGAGCAUGUGCUUGCAACGACGCUGUUCCAUAAAUAAAAUUGAGCUAUCUACCUUUUAUUUAAAAA